GGAGGAGGAGGAGGGCGGUGUUAUUGUGAGAAUAAAAGGAUACACUCAGCUUUGUUUUAGAUUGUGCUGCCAGACAGUGUGGCAGAGCCAAGACCUUUUUUUAAUUCCUCCUUUUUUUUAACUCUCUGAAUCACGUUUGUCUUCCUGCGAAAGAGCAGCGCAACCCGACUCGCACUUGCUGCGCAGGAUGAGCGACACGGGCUGAGACCGACACCAGAACCGGGCCGCUGACGGAACCCAACCGACGGAAGAGGCUGUCGAGCGACGACGUUCGGAGCCGCGAACUCGCCCGCCUGCUCCGGUCCUGCGGCUAAUAAUAGCAACAUCGGCUGCGCCUCGCUUGGCGACAUUUUGCGCAUCAGUCGUUGAAAGUGCCGGUCGGAGCUGUGGUCUCCGCUCUCGAUGGUACCGUAAAACGAGGCAGCCAUGUGGGUCAGCCCCGAAGAUGUGCUGCUGGCCGGCGCCUUGUGGGUCACCGAGCGCGCGAACCCCUACUUCGUCCUGCAGAAGCGCAAAGGCCACGGGGAUGGAGGCGGGGGACUGGCAGGGCUUCUGGUUGGAACACUGGAUGUUGUUCUGGACUCUAGUGCUCGAAUGGCCCCGUACCGGAUUCUCUACCAGACCCCGGACUCUUUAAGUUACUGGAUCAUUGCUCACGGAACCUCCCGUAAGGAGAUCACCGAGCACUGGGAGUGGCUGGAACACAACCUUCUGCAGACUCUGUCCAUCUUCGAGAACGAAAAUGACAUCACCACCUUUGUUAAAGGAAAAGUCCAGGGCAUCAUCGCAGAAUACACCAAAAACUGUGACGUGAAAGAGGACGACGACACUGUCAAGUUUAAGGAGGCCAGCGCAAAGUUCCGCAAGUUGUUUGGGAUGCCCGACGAGGAGAAGCUGGUCAACUAUUACUCCUGCAGCUACUGGAAAGGGAAGGUGCCCCGGCAGGGAUGGCUGUACCUCAGCAUCAACCACAUCUGCUUCUACUCGUACCUGCUGGGCAAGGAAGUCAAACUGGUGGUGCGUUGGGCCGACAUCACUCAGCUGGAGAAGAGCAACACCCUCCUCCUGCCCGAGGGGAUCAAGGUCAGCACGCGCACCAACGAGCACAUCUUCUCCGUCUUUCUGAACAUCAACGAGACCUUCAAGCUGGCCGAGCAACUGGCCAACAUCGCCAUGCGUCAGCUGCUGGACAACAAAGGCUUCGAGCAGGACCGCUCUCUGCCCAAACUGAAGAAGAAGUCUCCCAAAAAGGUGUCUGCUCUGAAGAGAGAUCUGGAUGCCAGAGCUAAGAGUGAGCGGUACAGGGCGCUGUUUCGUCUGCCCAAGGAUGAAAAACUGGAUGGACAUACGGACUGCACCCUUUGGACCCCUUUCAACAAGAUGCACAUCCUGGGCCAGAUGUUUGUGUCCACAAACUACAUCUGCUUCACGAGCAAGGAGGAGAUGCAGUGCAGCCUCAUCAUUCCCCUGCGCGAGGUGACAAUUGUGGAGAAGGCUGACAGCUCCAACGUGCUGCCCAGCCCGCUCUCCAUCAGCACCAAAAACCGGAUGACUUUCCUCUUCGCCAACCUGAAGGACAGAGACUUCCUGGUGCAGCGGAUCUCUGACUUCCUGCAGCAGACCACCUCCAAGAUCUACCUGGAGAGGGAGCUGACCAGCAGCCUCAACAGCUCUGAUGAUGAGGCCUACUCCCAGCAGGGGUCGCUACUGUCCAGCAGCCCGCAGCUCAGCCUGAGCUCUGAGGGAGAGCGAACCUUCAACCUGAACGACAGCAGCGUGCCGACGGCGACUCAAGCUCUCAUGACCAUGUACCGCCACCGCUCCCCGGAGGAGUUCAACCCCAAACUGGCUAAGGAGUUUCUGAAAGAGCAGGCGUGGAAGAACCACUUUGCCGAGUUCGGUCAGGGAGUGUGCAUGUACCGCACGGAGAAAACCAAGGAGCUGGUGCUGAAAGGGAUUCCUGAGAGCAUGAGAGGCGAACUGUGGCUGCUCUUCUCUGGAGCCAUCAACGAGAUGGCAACGCACCCUGGAUACUACGAGGACCUGGUGGAGAAGUCGAUGGGCAAAUAUAACUUGGCCACCGAGGAGAUCGAGCGUGACCUGCACCGCUCUCUGCCGGAACAUCCUGCCUUUCAGAACGAGAUGGGCAUCGCUGCUCUGAGGAGAGUUCUCACAGCCUACGCCUUCCGGAACCCCAACAUCGGCUACUGUCAGGCCAUGAACAUAGUGACGUCUGUGUUGCUGCUCUACGCUAAAGAAGAGGAGGCUUUUUGGCUGCUGGUUGCCCUCUGCGAGCGGAUGCUGCCAGACUACUACAACACAAGAGUUGUUGGUGCUCUUGUGGACCAGGGCGUGUUUGAGGAGCUGGCCCACGAGCACGUGCCCCAACUCUACGACUGCAUGCAGGACCUGGGGGUCAUCUCCACCAUCUCGCUCUCCUGGUUCCUCACCAUCUUUCUGUCCGUCAUGCCGUUCGAGAGCGCGGUGGUGGUGGUGGACUGCUUCUUCUACGAGGGCAUCAAGGUCAUCUUCCAGCUGGCCCUGUCGGUGCUGCACGACAGCAUCCAUCAGCUGCAGAGCUGCAAGGAUGACGGCGAGGCCAUGACCGUGCUGGGAAGGUACUUGGACAGCGUGACCAACAAGGACAGCACCAUGCCUCCCAUCCCUCAUCUUCACUCCCUGCUGACCGACAACGGGGAGCCACACCCAGAGGUGGACAUUUUCAAGCUGGUCCAAACCUCCUAUGAGAAAUUCGGCUCGAUCCGCGCUGAUGUCAUCGAGCAGAUGCGUUUCCGACAGCGACUGAGGGUCAUUCAAACCAUCGAGGACACGACCAAACGCAAUGUGGUGAGGACCAUCGUGACAGAAACAGCGUUCAGCAUCGACGAGUUAGAGGAGCUUUUUGUUCUCUUCAAGACGGAGCACCUGACCAGCUGCUACUGGGGCGGCAGCAGCGACCCCACCGAGCGCCACGACCCCAGCCUGCCCUACCUGGAGCAGUACCGCAUCGACGUGGAGCAGUUCAAAGGCCUGUUCUCGCUGCUGUUCCCCUGGUCCAACGGCGCUCACACCGACCCGCUGGCCGUGCGCUUCUUCCGUCUCCUGGACCACAACGGCGACGCGCUCAUCAAUUUCCGAGAGUUCAUCAGCGGGCUCGGUGUUCUGUAUCAUCUGGACCUCACGGAGAAGUUGAAGCUGCUGUACAAGAUGCAUGUUCUACCUGAUCUGACUCACGACCAGGAAGAACCCGACUCGGCUUUUGAGGCGACCCAGUACUUCUUUGAAGACAUCACUCCUGAAUCCUCCCUGGGCCAGGACUCAAAGAGCAGGGCCGAGAAAGACGACGGCUUUGUGAGAGUGACUUUCAAGACGGAGAAAGUGAAGAAACUGAAUAACCCAGACUACCGUCAGUACCUGAAGCUGUGGAACCAGGACGCCAAACCCCAGGCGGAGCACACUAAAGACCUGCCCAAGCUGAAUCAGGGCCAGUUCAUCGAGCUCUGCAAGACUCUCUACUGCAUGUUCAGCGAGGACUCAGCCGAGCAGGAGCUCUAUCACGCCACCGCCACUGUCACCAGCCUGCUGCUGGAGAUGGGAGAGGUCGGCAAGCUCUUCUCCUCUGCCAGGAGGGAGUCCAGCCACGGGGUGAGCUCCGAGCCCAGCGCCAAGGACGGGGCUGGCCCUAGUGCGACGGAGCCCACUGAGCCGGACGGACUGUACCUGCAGCAGCGUCGCGGUGAGGGAGCGAAGACGGAGGACAGCUGCGAGCAGAUGCCGCCCAUGCAGGACAUCAAGCUGGAGGACUCCUCCCCGAAAGACGCCGGCACCUCCUCGGCCAUGUUGAUCUCCGACGACGAGACCAAAGACGACACGUCCAUGUCGUCCUACUCGGUCCUCAGCGCCGGGUCGCACGAGCUGGACGAGAAGCUGCACUGCGAAGACAUCGCCGACGACACGGUGCUGGUGGCCAGUGGGUCCGGCGGCGAAACAAACCACCGGCCUCUCGGUUCCGGGCCGCACGCCGGAGGUCUGCCGCACAGCACCAGCGUCGACAAGGACUGGGCCAUCACCUUCGAGCAGUUCCUGGCGUCCGUCCUCACCGAGCAGGCCCUGGUUCAGUACUUCGAAAAUCCAGUGGAUAUCGCAGCCCGGAUUACAAACGCCAAGAACGUGCGUAAAGUGGGGCGCCCCCUGCUGUCCUCAAGUGACUAUGAAAUCUCCCUAUCCGGCUAAAGCCUCCGAGACUGUGGAGGAAGCGACUGUUGAAUGAAUGUUUCCAAAAUCUUAGCGACGUGUUUUAUCAAAUGUGAAGAGCUUUUACGAUCCAGACUGUUAGAUACUGCCGGUAUCAGAGCGUAGACGCCCCACUGUACAUGACAUGUUGCGCUCAUGGAAUGGCUGUGUCAGUGUUGUGCUCUUAUCAGACCAUAUAGAUGUCAGCGGUGUAGUCUCUGAAGUCCCUGUAGACCGUGUUGAAGUUAGUGGCCACUGUUAGCGCCACACAUCCACAGUGAACUAUACUCUCACGGACCAUCAUCCGCUACUUUACUUUAUCGCCGUUCGCUGCUAAUUGAGCGUCAGUUUUCCAGUGACUCACUUGAAUUUUAUUUGCCUUUUCAUGGUGAUUACACUAAAACCUGCGAAUUACGAGCCUUCACUUUUUUUGUUUACAACGUCAUGUGAGCCACAUGUGAGUCGAGUACAACUGUUUUUUUACGUUCGUAACACAGCAGUUUGUUUUUAUUUUUUAAUGAAAUAUUGUUGUACAUAAUUGCAACUGAAGUCACGGUUCAUUACAUGUUUGUGCAGCGUGUAAAUCGGUCAAACUAUGGUGAAUCAUCGACAGUUAUUCCAUCACACGGCUCCCCUUGUGGUAUUUCAAUGAAUCGCUCAAGCGGACGGGGAAGCUGUUGAAUUGUUGGACAAUAAAGAAAACGCUAAUAACUACGACCCCGAUACACUGAAUAUAU